UGCAAUGGGGGGCGGGGAGUUUCCAAAAAGCUACACGGAGCAACAGCUUUAAAACAACAAGUUUUCUUGUAGAGGCCUCAAACGUUUGGACCGCCAGUGUAAGCUGUGGAUAUUGUUUGUGUGUAGUGGAUGAGGCAGACAGACAUGAUGAAGAUGAGGAUGCUAUUACUAGUGCAGGGCCUGCUGCUGGCAGCAUGCUGUGAUGGCAGGGCUAGGAACCCUGUACUGGAGGAGGAACUGAAGGACACGCAGGACUAUGGGGGCUGGGAUGAUGGUGACAGAACCUCACAUGAAGCUAGGCAUGGAACUGAUCCACACAGGCAAAGCCUAGAUGUCUCUGGAACUGUCUACUAUCCCUCGGAGUAUGCCCAUGCUGGCACUAGCCAUGGGCAUGCCUCUUUGGGCAUGUCUGAGGGGACAGAAGGUGCUUCAGCGGAAAUGGGCACCCAUGGCACUCCAGCACGCACUGGGAAUUGGUGCGCGUUUGUGCACAAGCGUAUAGUCACUACGGCAGUGUCUUGUGGCACGGAGAAAUACACCAUCAAAUCCCAGAGUCCCUGUCCUAAUGGAACCCCAGAUUGCCAGCUAGUAAUGUACAAGCUCUCCACUCGGCCAGUGUACAGAGAGAAGCAGAAGAUCUUUACUGCGCUCCUGUGGAGAUGCUGCCCAGGUCACGGGGGGGAAAACUGUGAUGAAACAGUUGCAAGCAGCCAUGUCUCUGAAGCCGAAGACUCGAGCACAUCCGGAAGGCUUCAUCCUGGAGGUCCGGAGAUCCAGCAUGCAGGUUCUGAGAGGGUGAUCCACAAUCAGAAUGAGGAAGAGAAUGACCAUGAUGAUCCCAGCAGCUCUCUAUACCUGAGCUCUAGAGAGAACCAAACAGAAGAGCACGGCUACGACUAUCCUCACAGCCAACAUGAUGGCCGCGAGUACCACUAUGAGAGAGCCGAUUCCUACGGUGCAGAUGAUGAACGUACGGAGCCUCCUCCAGAAGCACCGCAAUCAAACCCUGAGCUCAUGCCCAUCCACAACUUAAAAGAGAUGAUAAUGUCUCAACUUCAGCCUGUGCUUGAUGGCUUUAACCUCACGCUGGAGCGUCUGUCUCAGGAGGUGAGGGGUCUGCAGAGGGACAUGAAAGAUCUGCAACUCCAACCUGAGGUGGAGGGAGGUGGAGGAGGAGAGGAGUUGCAGCAGCAUGAAGACAAACUAAAAGACACCUUCCAGCACCUGGAGGAGCUCAGGAUGCAGCUUAGCCUGCAGCAAGAUGAGAUGGAGGAGAGGCUACAUGCUCAGCAGACCAUGCUGCUCUACAACCUGACCAACCUUAAGACUGACGUGGAUGUCAAAAUUAAACACAACCAGAUGAUGAUACAGACAAACCUCCAGUCCCUGAAUUCCUCACUAUCAGAGUUAAGGCAGGAGCAAGAGCAGCUGGAAGAGGAGCUUCAGAUGGUUCAGACACCUGAGAGAACAAUUCUCAGCCAGACACCCCCUCGGGAGGACACAGCUGUUUGGGAGGCCAUUACCCGCCUGGAUAAUAAAGUUGUCAACAACACUGUGAGACUCAGUGCCUUAAACGAAGAGCAAGUCGAAAUGUCUCAGAACAUCAAACACCUUCAGAAGGUCUCCAAGAAUCUAGGGGACCUCAUAACCCAAACUGACCGAAAGAACGAGGACAGAUAUAUUGAGGCUUUCCUGGAAGUGGAUGGAGUCAAAACGGCAGUACAGAACCUUGUUGGUGACAAAGUCAGCAAUAUCACUACCGUCCUUCAGGAGAUGGAGGAUGACAUUGACUAUUUAUUUAAGCAGUUCUACAAGAACAUAAGCUCUGAUAGUAGAAACUGUGACUGUAAGGCCCUCAGCACCUCUGUUGCUCAGUUGAAACAGGAUGUGGCAGAUGUCACAGUGCUAGCUAAAGAAAACAGAUUAGACCUCGACAGUGCAGCAGAAGAGAGAAUAGAUAGUUGGAGGGAUAGUGACUGGCGCCCAUCGGUGGAUGAUCUAAAGUUUGGUUUACAGAACGUGCAGAACUCCCUGGCGUUUGAGCAGCAGAAGAGCAGGACACUGCAACAAAAUGUAUCUGUGCUCCACACCUCUCUCUCAGGCAGUCAACUGGACAUUGAAGCUCUGCAGGGCCAAAACAGAAGCAUGGCUAUCGAGAUAAGACGCCUGGCCAACUCCUUCAGCUCUCUGCUGAAUGAUGCCACACAUCACUCGGAAGUGCUGGAGAUCCUGCUUGGUGAGGAGGUGUUGGAGUUUAUGGACAGGUCUGUCCAGGACCAGGAGGCCCAUUCCAUACCUGUGCUGAAGGACAGUAUCAGGGACAUGCAAGAACAGAUUAACAGACACAGCAAAAGUCUGGCCUCCAUGCUGAACUCUGCUUCAUCUAGGGAUAUUGCUGCAGAUGAACCAUCGGUGCUGGCAGAGCGGACCUCGGUGGAUCUUAAAAGGAAACGAAGACACCAGAGAUUUGACCGUUUGUCAGAGAAAGCCUCAGACUACACUGAUGUUGACUUCCUUGCUUUGGAAAAAACAGUGGAACAGCUUCGGGAAAAAAUUCUCCAGCUUGAAGAGCAGCGCUGUCCGUGCUGCUGCAAUUGUACGAAAGAGGCUGCCUCUGGAGACAUGCAGGUUAAACUUCAAGCAGAGAUGACUAAAAUGCACAAGGAUCUCAAGGAGCAUCUCAGGAUUUUUAGCAGCCUUUUCACUAAUAUAGAUGGUCUAGCUGGUUCUGAAGCAACGGUAGACUUGGACAAACUAUCUGUUCUGGUGAAGAGAAAAGACACAAAACAGCAAAGGAAAAGGCAAAAGAAGAGAGCAGACAGAGGAGUGGAACAAUCUGGGGAACACAAAUUUCGUAGUAAGAGGGAUGCGUCACUUGAAACAGCAGUGCUCAGCCAGCUUCCAGAUAGCCCACUCAUGUUCCUGGCCAGCAGGAGAGAUGGCGUCAACAUAUCUGGCACAAUCGUGUUCGAGACGGUGUCUCUAAAUCGAGGGCAAAUGUACUCACCCAAGACAGGUGCAUUCCGGGCACCCACUGCAGGAGUUUACCUGUUUGUGUUGACACUGGACUUUGGGCCUGGGCCCUGCUUAGCACAGCUGAAGAGAGGCGAGGAAGUGGUAGCUUCCCUACAUCAGAGCCAGAAGAAGCCAGCAGGACCUGCUACUCGUGUCUGCCUUCUACAACUGGAACAGGGUGAGGAGCUCCAGUUGGAAAUAGUGCAGGGUACACUGGAGCCCAGCAAUCCACAGGACAAUACUUUUGCAGGACUGCUGAUUCUACAGACCACCUGAGGGUCCCUCUUCUGACCUGAAAGCGUAAGCAGAGACACACUGGGAUGAAAAGAGAUGAAUGACUGACUGCGGUUCCUAUUUCAGGUUUAUGCCUACACACCUUUCGUUCUGUUUGAUCAGUGAGUAAUUAGUCUCCAGAGGUUUAUUGUAAAAGUUGGCAUCGUUAUAUAUGACCGCACUUCAUUUUAAAACAAAGAUUUAACACACAUUCUUGUCCAUGUGUAAUGAAAGCCUGGCCGUAUUUCCUUUCCUUCCAAAUACUACGUACAUAUAGGUCAUAUUAAAAUGUUGCCUCAGCACCUUCAAUAACAAAGAACAGAGACUUAUAGACCUGUGAUGCAAUGUAUAAUAAAAUAACCGGGCAGUUAGGACUAGGCCUGGCCAAUAUACAAAAAUAACAAUAUCUUAUAGUUCUGGAAAAAAGUUAAUCAUCAAUUAUAUUGCACCCCCACCAAAGCAAUACACACGUCCACUGACCUGUCCACAUGCAGGACAGUCUCACUUUCUAUUCAUUUUUUUUUUUUUUAGAUUGUAUGCUUUUUAAGCAACUGUUUUAAUGAAACCUUCAAUUAAAAACCAAAAAAAAAAAAAAAAAAAAACACAUAGAAAACCACGCAGUGUUAUAUUUUUAUAAUUUACUCAUUUGAACCACUGGGACACUUCAGCUGCACAGAAACGUCUUUCACGAACGGCAAAUCUCACUCCGGUGAAACCAAUCCACCAUAGCCCAAGGCUCCAUAUUAACACUGUUUGAACAGUAAAAGUGCCUAGGAUGUUACGAGUAUCACCAGAGGGACCAGAACACUCCGUACAUCUAAAAGCUUCAAGGUAAGAGCCAACUUGGCUUCUAUAUGGUUAAAACUGGUCAUUCAACUUGGCUGUUUCGGUCACAGUGAAGCUGAAGCUCCAAAGCUGCAUUUAUGUUCAUGGGACAGAAAUAACAGGCAGCUUCUAACAAACGUCUCUCAAUCGCUCUCAUAAACAGAAACUAUUGUUGCACACACUUCUGAAAGGAACAUGAACCUCAACUCUCCAACAUAUUGUCCUUUAAACCUCAGCAUGGGGGUCACUUGUCAAUCAUCAAUGAUACGCAGUUACACAGUACUAUCACUAUAAGCACACAGUAAUAUCACUAAUGAUAUGUUUACACAAUCAAAAGCUCAUAUGAAAUGACCCACAAACACUCAGACUUGUGUAGUAAAAUGGAGUAUUUACUGAAUACAUUGGGCAAAUAUUAUACAUCUUAUAUUUGUAUUCUCUUGGCAAACUCAUAAGGCACCCAUUCAGCCAGGAGCUAGAUAAAAUGUGUGUUAAUUACAUACUGGGGAGUCUUUUAGUAGCUAUGUAUUAGGUAACACAGGGAGGGGCUGGGUAAUGCUUUGGCAAAGCACUUUCCAAUAUCUGCAUUUCAGAGAUGCUACAUUUCAAUUGUUAAGGCUCCAAAGAUACACAAUUUCAUAAAGACGUCAAAUGGGGAAAAAAAACAAAACAAAAAGAAAAACGAACAAGAAGAAAGUGUCCGACAAAAUGUCCUAGCCCAUAGUUUAGAGGCCAGCCUUGCACUGAGGGCUCACGUUUUAGUCAGCAUCAUAAAGUAAGGCCACUGUGUGAAACUCUGUUAGGAACCCAAUUUAGACGGUUAGCUUUGAUGAAUGAAAUGUGAGAAAUGAAACACAGGUGCUUGUACAGGAAAUACAGCUGGCUGCUCCUUUAGACCACAGAUUACAUACACAGCAACUGUUUGAAAGAAAUUUAAAGACAUAUUGACUUAUAUUUCAUGUGCUCUCUACAUACGCAUGCAGAUUACCAUUAAAAGUUUUAAAUCAUUUCCCAUAAGGAAAUUUUUUUCCCAAUAACUUGUACAAUGUGGAUUUAAGCAUUACAAUUUGCCAACAUGUGUAUUUAGAUGUUUGAUUCAAUACGUCCAUAAUUCUGCUUAUUUACAAGUAAAUAAUAUAAUGUAAAUAUACUGUAAAUUUUUAUUUUUUACAUUUUUUCCUCAAGUUAUCUGCCAAAUUAUACCUUUCUGUUCAUCAUUCUGGACACAUCUAACACUUCUAGCAUAGUAGAUUCAUUUUCCGCAUUCAUCUAUAUCCACAUUUGUUAUAUAUUACUGAAAGCACUGACUCCAAACUUUUGAACAGUAGUGGGUAAACAUAUACAGUACUGUGCAAACGUCUUAGGCAUUAUUGUAAAUGGGUAAGUAAGCAUUCAUUUGCUCAACCCCCCCCCACCCCCCUAAAAAAAUAAUAAUAUUGUAUUAUUAUUGUUUAUUCAAAUAAGUAGUGAUUUUAUGCAUCACGACAUAGCUUAACCAUUCCUCAUAUUACAAUAUAGAUUACGCUCUCCUCAUGGAAGCUCAUACUUUAAAGAGUUUAUUCCGGAAUGCCUUAUAUUCCUUUGUAACAAUUUUGGAUAGAUCACGUUUUUGAAACGAAUAGCUCAUUAUAAAAGAAACACGCAAAUAUGUAUCAAACGUGGUAUUAAUCCUCAUCUAGCACUGUUUGUGUAAAGCCCACGCCCAACAACGUGCAUCAUAAAAAUGGUCUAGAACGCUUUUUUUGAAUGUUAUCACCUGCUUUUUUUAGACUGUUGUAACAACAGAAUGAAUACAAGUAACAGCAUUUUUGCUGGGAAAAAACACCCAAGACUUUUGCACACUACUGCAUACACGUCUGUGUCAUAUUUGCUAAUGUUAUAUAUUUAUAUUUUUAGAGCAAAGUUAUUGAUUUAUUUUUCUGAAGAGCAUUUUAAGACAACCUUAAUCAUUUAUUUUUCUGGGUUUUAUUUUACCCCUCUGCAUAAUAUCUUGAAAAUGUUGGCAUCAUUUGACAAAGCAGCAUAAUUAGUCUGGCACUAAAUGGAAGACAUACUUUGUAAUACACAUUCUGUGUGUAGAGAUUCAUAAAGUGAUUAAACAGAAAAGAUGUUAUGUAUCGGGAGGAGUGGGGUAGCGGUUUCCUGUACCACUAAAUAAUAAACAUUUGGGAAAGACAACA